CGGCGGGGAGGAGCGCACGGCUCUGGACCAGGCUCAGCCGGGGCUCCUCGGCGGCCGCGGCCAUGACGCAGGGUCCGGGUGGCCGCGCGGCCCCCGAGCCCGAGGCGCCCACCACCUUCUGCGCACUGCUGCCGCGGAUGCCGCAGUGGAAGUUCGCAGCGCCGGGUAGCUUCCUGGGCCGUGGUCCCGCAGCGGCGCGCGUGGCGGGGGUGGCAGAGGCGCAGCCGGAGCCCGGGGUCCCCGCGCUGGCCGCUGUGCUGGGCGCUUGCGAACCGCGCUGCGCCGCGCCCUGUCCGCUGCCCGCUCUCGGCCGCUGCCGGGGCUCGGGGACGCGCGGCGCGCGGGUGACUCCGGAUGUCGCCGACGAGUGGGUGCGCAAGGGCGGCUUCAUUCACAAGCCGGCGCACGGCUGGCUGCACCCCGAUGCCAGGGUCCUGGGGCCCGGGGUCUCUUACAUCGUUCGGUACAUGGGCUGCAUUGAGGUGCUUCGAUCCAUGCGCUCCCUGGAUUUCAACACCCGAACACAGGUGACGAGGGAAGCCAUCAAUCGGCUCCAUGAGGCUGUGCCCGGUGUCCGGGGCUCCUGGAAGAAGAAGGCCCCCAACAAGGCUCUGGCCUCCAUCUUGGGGAAAAGCAACCUGCGCUUCGCCGGCAUGAGCAUCUCAGUCAACAUCUCCGUGGACGGCCUUAACUUGUCUGUUCCUGCCACCCGCCAGAUCAUCGCCAACCAUCAUAUGCAGUCUAUUUCCUUCGCCUCGGGUGGUGACACGGACAUGACUGAUUAUGUGGCCUAUGUGGCCAAGGACCCCAUCAACCAGAGAGCCUGCCACAUCUUGGAAUGCUGUGAAGGUCUUGCCCAGAGCGUCAUCAGCACCGUAGGGCAAGCCUUUGAGCUGCGCUUCAAGCAAUACCUGCACAGCCCACCCAAGGCUGUAGUGCCCCCUGAAAGGCUGACUGGGCUGGAGGAGUUGGCCUGGGGAGAUGAUGAGACUGCUGCAGACCACAAUUACUACAACAGCAUUCCAGGAAAGGAGCCACCUCUGGGCGGGCUGGUGGACUCCAGACUGGCUGUCACACAGCCCUGUGCACUGGCGACACUCGGAGGCCUUGGACAGGGAAUGACACCAGCAUGGAGAGAUGCCCGUGGCUUGCCUUGGGACAUGGGCCCCUCUGGUGCAGCCCCACCGGGGGAUGGCUACGUGCAGGCAGAUGCCCGAGGGCCACAUGACUACGAGGAGCACCUGUAUGUCAAUACCCAGGGCCUGGAUGCUGUGGAGCUUGAGGACAUCGCUGAGGCACCUCUACAGCUUGAGGACAGCCCCAAGAAGGACCUGUUUGACAUGCGACCCUUUGAAGAUGCCCUGAAGUUGCACGCGUGCUCAGUGGCAGCCGGCAUCACUGCAGCCCCACCCCCUCUGGAGGACCAGUGGCCCAGCCCCCCUACCCGCAGGGCCCCCAUUGCACCCACAGAGGAGCAAUUGAGGCAGGAGCCCUGGUACCACGGACGAAUGAGCCGUCGGGCUGCAGAGAAGCUGCUUCGGGCCGAUGGGGACUUCCUUGUGAGAGACAGCGUCACCAACCCGGGGCAGUAUGUCCUCACAGGCAUGCACGCGGGGCAGCCCAAGCACCUGCUGCUGGUGGACCCCGAGGGUGUGGUGCGGACGAAAGAUGUGUUGUUUGAGAGCAUCAGCCACCUCAUAGACUAUCACCUGAAGAACGGGCUGCCCAUCGUGGCUGCUGAGAGCGAGCUGCAUCUGCGGGGAGUGGUCUCUCGGGAGCCAUGAGCCAGGUGACAGUCCUCAGCCCAACUUCUACCCCUAGAUGCCCUUGCUGAGGCCUUUCUCUCAGAUCCUGAAGCCACGAGAACCAGAAUGGUUACCACCUCUCCUUCCACACGAGCCUCGGGAAGCCGCCUUUCCCAGCUGUGCUCGCUCAGCUGGCUGGGCCCGUGAGACAGAGUCAGGGUCAAGCCUCUGCUCCUGCCUGAGCCCCAACCCUGAAGGGUGAGGGCUGUGCAAACCAAAGACAGACCGAGUCGCCUUUAACAAAGACAUCCAAAUGCAGGCCCCGUGCCUCUGGUCCCAGUUCGAGUAGUGACAUCAGGCUGUGUCCACAGAGUGACGUGGACAGCUCUGUGUGGGCAGAGGUAGUGUCCUGCCCUAGCUAGGCUCUGAGGACCUAGAUGCACUGUUGCUUUUGGGGGGUGAUUAAGGUGCUUUUGGGUCUCAGAUCCCUGAUGGGGGAGCAGCCCAGGGGCUUGCCUGGCAUGUAGGGUAUCCAGGUGAGUCAGAGGCAGAGGAACCUCAGUGAGGUGUGGCAUCCACUCAGCACUUCCCAGCUGUCACCUGCCUGGACCUUCAACUGUAAUUAAACACAGGGUUGAGCGUGAGCCUGCUAUGUCUGCUAGGGAUUCCCAGGUGGGCAACCGAGGCAAGGGGGAAGCUUUGUGGAGCCCUAGGGCUGGAGCAGACGGCUAGGUGGGACUGUGGGGUCUGGACUCCCCCCCUGCGCCCCUCCCCCUGUUCACCAACAGUGAACAAGCCUCUGGUUUUACUCCAAGAUAAAUCAGCCUCUCUCCCUGUUUGGUGUUUCCCCAGUCCCUUCUUGACAACACUGUGGCUUUACCUCCUAGGGAUUUGUGCACACUGGGCCCCUGGGGAAGGGGUUCUGGAGUACCUGCCAGGGCCAGCAUGGGAGUAAAAGCUUCCUUCUGCCUCAAGCAUGAGACAUCAUAAAGGUCAAAGUUAUAGGUCACUGUGAUGCUCUCUUCUUCCAAAUACAGAAAGGCUCAGAGUCCCAUCCCCACCACCCACCUUGCCAUCCCCCAUGGAAGUGGAAACUUACAUGGUUUCUUUAGAAAGUCAGUGUGUUGGAUGGUGUUUUGCUGAGGCAGACACGUAUAGGAGUGUUUUCCUGAAGCAGACACAGGCAAAAGGACGUUUUGCUAAGGUAGACGUGUGAAGGGACGUUUCUGUUGAAGUGGACACAGGUGGGAGGAUGUUUUGCUUGAGGUAGACACGUGAAGAAAUGUUUCACUGAAGCAGACACAGAUAAAAAAUGUUUUGUUAAAGCAAACAUGUAAAAGGACGUAUGGUGUUCAAAAGGACCCAACAGAUGGUGGACAACACUAGGUGAUAUUGGUACACCUCGUUAUUCUUUAAUGGCCAUUGUCGGUCAUGACUUUAUAAGAAAGAAACACACUAAACAACUUCUGGUGGUGUUCUGGUGGCUUCUUGCCGCUUCCACAGACUUGGGCCCAUUGGCAGAGUGAUGUCAGCUGACACAGACUCACAUGGAGGGCACGUGGUACUUAGAGAGAGGAUAAAUAGGACCCAAAGGAAAGUAACAGAGGCUUACAUAUCUAGCUCUGUAACACAUCCCUGGGCUCCAGUCUUAGCUGAUCUUUACAUCAUUGAGAGAGGCACAGCAGAAAACUUUUCCUGGUGUCCCUGCUGGUCCUGGUCCCUCCUGCUGACUCGUGCCAAUGUGGCUGAGGCUUGACUUUUUCUGCUGGGUCAUGCCACCACUGCUGAUUCAUGUUUGCAAUCCUGACACUACUGAACUGGACUGCUGGUAUAUAUCCUGACAACACAGAUGGAAUUUGCUCCAAAGAACUAUUUCUAAACAGGUCCACUUCCCCUGUAUCCUAAUAUUUCUUUUCCACUACCUCUGGCGGGUGGUGGGCUAGAAUAGAGGUUAAGACGUUUAAGACAUUUAUUAAAAAUAGGGUUUAAAUGGGCUUGAGAAAUGGCUCAGGGGUUAAGAGCUCUUCCAGAGGUCCUGAGUUCAAUUUCCAGCAGCCACAUGGUUGCUCAUAAUCAUCUGUAAUGGGGUCCAACGGCCUUUCUGGUGUGUCUGAAGAUAGCUACAGUGUACUCGUAUACAUUAAAUAAAUAAAUAAAUAAAU